AUGUGGUGGCAUUGGUUUGUAAGAUUAAAAAAUGAAAUAAUCGAAAUUAUUUUAACAAUAAAACAAAUGAUAUGUAGACCUGUAAUGAUGAUUCUUCAUUGUCUUUGGUUGGUUAUUACAUGCCAAGAAAAAACUUGGAUUCAAAAUGCUAAACAAUUAGCCGAACAAGAUAGAUUGAAAAAUGAUGAUAUUGGACCAAAUGAACAAAUUCAAGGAACGGCUUUAGCAUACGAAAUGACUCCGCCAUCUUUAGCAGUUCGUUCAGCAUUGAGAUUACAAUUUUGGAUAUUUUACUGGAAUCAUCUACGUGAGCAAAUCAGACUAACGAAAACACUGCCAGCCAGUCUUACAGAACUAGAUCAACCUGUACCAGACACAGCAAAAUUGAUACCAGUUCUAACAGAAAAUAUUGAUUUAUUGAAUAAUUAUAUAGAUAUUGAACCAAUUAGUUUACGUUCAUUAAUGAAACAUGGACGUUAUUUAGUUGUUAAUUUUGGUAGUUGUACAUGA